AGGAGGAAGAUGCAGACGGGAGACUUCACAGUUGGCUUGGCCUCACUCUCCCGCCACUAAUGUGAUUAUGUCCUUAUUUUUCUAUUAGUUCAUGUCGCUUUCUUUCCCAAUCGGCGUUAUUUGAACACGCUGGGGCUAUUUUAUUUUUUAUUGUUGGUGUUUUAGCGGCGGUGUUUACAUGAAGGCCGAGCCGAGCCACUGAGAGUCCGCAUCCAAGGUAGGCAUAAGGUGUUGCCGUGUGAACGAUGCUCAAGCCAUGUCUGAUGUUGAGGUCACGUACGCCGACUUCAUCGCCUCGGGCCGGACGGGCCGUAGGAACGCCCUGCACGACAUCCUGCAGAGUCCCACUGAUCCCGAGGGCCGAGAGAUGUCUCUGUCCUUGUCCCAGCUGCACAUCCAUGCAGGAGGGGGAGAUGCCAACGACACCGACGACAGCCCAGGUCCGUCGUCCUCGGCUCAAAGAGAGGCGCAGCAGAAGAACAGCUGAUCCCACCGAACACACCGCUGUGGGACGGACCCCUGCCCGUGUUGGCCCCCCACCCUCCCUUCACACCUGGCAGGUAGUCUGAGUUUAAAGGGACUAUCGAAGCUGCCUCGUCUAGUCCCUAAAACCUAAAAGGUGGAGACGAUAAAGCGGAACAGGCACUUUCCUCUCAUGUCCGGACUUUAUAGCGUGAGCUCUCAACUUGGAGUGAGUUGGAGAAAAGUUGUUGAAUGAACACAUUUUUCUUCCUGUAGUCAAUUUAGCGAGUGCUAAAAGCAGCGAGUGAGUGAGAAAGAGAGCAUGUGCUGGUUUUGUUGGCGUGGACCACUCUAAAGACGCGCUGAUGUGUGGCUAGCAUGUGUUGUGUCCACAACACUGUUGGCAACUUUGGACUGGUGGGCUGGAAGCAGUGCUGAAAACUUUGGGGAAAAGAAACUUUAGGACGUUUUUUGGCUGUGAAUUAAUUUAUGUAACUGAUUUUUUUAGCGUUUGAAUUUUGUGAACUUAAUUUUGCAUCAACUGACAAUUUCAUAAAAUUUUCAGUUUAAUUUCAUAAUUUCUGCACUGAAUUUUUACACUGUGUAUUUUAACAUCAUUUCUAAACACACAUUGUGCUCACAAUUUUUUAUUAGAUGACAUUGUCAGCAUUUUUUGUGUGUUCAAAAAUUCCGUGUAAAAAUGUUUGGUUGCUUCAAAAUUCAAGACCCUUUUACGGUAAAUUAAAUGGAAUUAGAAAAUGAAUUUACCUUAUUUUUUGGACUAUAAAGCAGAAAAAAAUAUUUCAAAAUUUUUUAAUUCUAAAACUUUUUUUUUUUAACACUGAAUUAAUUUUUUGGGGUUACAAUUUUUUUACCUUAAUUUUUUACAUCAAAUUAUGCUGACAAUUUCAUAAAAUUUCAGUUUAAUUUCAUAAUUUCUGCACUGAAUUUUUACCUUAUUUUUUGGACUAUAGAGCAGAAAAAAAUAGAAUUUUUUUAAAUUCUAAAACAUUUUUUUUAACACUGAAUUAGUUUUUUUGGGUUAGAAUUUUUUUUAACUUAAUUUUUUACAUCAAAUUAUCCUGACAAUUUCAAAAAUGAAUUUACCUUAGUUUUUGGACUAUAGAGCAGAAAAAAAUAUUUCAAAAUGUUUAUUUCUAAAACUUUUUUUAUUUUAACACUGAACACAUUUUUUUGGGUUAGAAUUUUUUUAACUUAAUUUUUUACAUCAAAUUAUGCUGACAAUUUCAUGAAAUUUUCACUUUAAUUUCAUAAUUUCUGCACUGAAUUUUUAUACCGCGUAUUUUAACAAACAUCAUUUCUAAACACACACAUUUUGCUCACUAUUUUUUAUUAGAUAGAAUUGUCAGCAUUUUUUUGUGUGUGUUUAAAAAUUCCGUGUGUAAAAAUUCUGUGUAAAAAUGUUUGGUUGCUUCAAAACUCAAGACCCUUUUACGGUAAAUGAAAUGAAAUUAGAAAAUGAAUUUACCUUAUUUUUUGGACCAUAGAGCAGAAAACAAUAUUUCAAAUUUUUUUAAUUCCAAAAUAAUUUUUUUUAACACUGAAUUAAUUAUUUUUUUUGUGUUUGAAUUUUUUUAACUUAAUUUUUUACAUCAAAUUAUGCGGACAAUUUCAUAAAAUCUCAGUUUAAUUUCAUAAUUUCUGCACUGAAUUUUUACCUUAUUUUUUGGACUAUAGAGCAGAAAAAAAUAGAAUUUUUUAAAUUCUAAAACAUUUUUUUUAACACUGAAUUAGUUUUUUUGGGUUAGAAUUUUUUUUAACUUAAUUUUUUACAUCAAAUUAUGCUGACAAUUUCAUGAAAUGUUCACUUUAAUUUCAUAAUUUCUGCACUGAAUUUUUAUACCGCGUAUUUUAACAAACAUAAUUUCUAAACACACACAUUUUGCUCACUAUUUUUUAUUAGAUGGAAUUGUCAGCAUUUUUUUGUGUGUGUUUAAAAAUUCCGUGUGUAAAAAUUCAGUGUAAAAAUGUUUGGUUGCUUCAAAACUCAAGACCCUUUUACGGUAAAUGAAAUUAAAUUAGAAAAUGAAUUUACCUUAUUUUUUGGACCAUAGAGCAGAAAACAAUAUUUCAAAUUUUUUUAAUUCCAAAAUUAUUUUUUUUAACACUGAAUUAAUUAUUUUUUUUGUGUUUGAAUUUUUUUAACUUAAUUUUUUACAUCAAAUUAUGUGGACAAUUUCAUAAAAUUUCAGUUUAAUUUCAUAAUUUCUGCACUGAAUUUUUACCUUAUUUUUUGGACUAUAGAGCAGAAAAAAAUAGAAUUUUUUAAAUUCUAAAACAUUUUUUUUAACACUGAAUUAGUUUUUUUGGGUUAGAAUUUUUUUUAACUUAAUUUUUUACAUCAAAUUAUCCUGACAAUUUCAAAAAUGAAUUUACCUUAUUUUUUGGACUAUAGAGCAGAAAAAAAUAGAAUUUUUUAAAUUCUAAAACAUUUUUUUUAACACUGAAUUAGUUUUUUUGGGUUAGAAUUUUUUUUUAACUUAAUUUUUUACAUCAAAUUAUCCUGACAAUUUCAAAAAUGAAUUUACCUUAUUUUUUGGACUAUAGAGCAGAAAAAAAUAUUUCAAAAUGUUUAUUUCUAAAACUUUUUUUAUUUUAACACUGAAUUAAUUUUUUUGGGUUAGAAUUUUUUUAACUUAAUUUUUUACAUCAAAUUAUGCUGACAAUUUCAUGAAAAUUUCACUUUAAUUUCAUAAUUUGUGCACUGAAUUUUUAUACCGCGUAUUUUAACAACCAUCAUUUCUAAACACACACAUUUUGCUCACUAUUUUUUAUUAGAUGGAAUUGUCAGCAUUUUUUUGUGUGUGUUUAAAAAUUCCGUGUUUAAAAAUUCCGUGUGUAAAAAUUCAGUGUAAAAAUGUUUGGUUGCUUCAAAACUCAAGACCCUUUUACGGUAAAUGAAAUGAAAUUAGAAAAUGAAUUUACCUUAUUUUUUGGACCAUAGAGCAGAAAACAAUAUUUCAAAUUUUUUUAAUUCCAACAUUUUUUUUUUAACACUGAAUUAAUUAUUUUUUUUGUGUUUGAAUUUUUUUAACUUAAUUUUUUACAUCAAAUUAUGCGGACAAUUUCAUAAAAUUUCAGUUUAAUUUCAUAAUUUCUGCACUGAAUUUUUAUACUGUGUAUUUUAACAAACAUAAUUUCUAAACCCACACAUUUUGCUCACAAAGUUUUUAUUACAUGAAAUUGUCAGCAUUUUUUGUGUGUUUAAAAAUUCCGCGUGUAAAAAUUCAGUGUAAAAAUGUUUUGUUGCUUCUAAACUCAAGACCCUUUUUCCGGUAAAUUAUAUGGAAUUAGAAAAUUAAUUUACCUUAUUUUUUGGACUAUAGAGCAGAAAAAAAUAUUUCUAAAUUUUUAAUUUUAAAACUUUUUAUUUUUUUGUGUUUGAAUUUUUUUUACUUAUUUUUUUACAUCAAAUUAUGCUGACAAUUUCAAAAAAUGUCACCUUAAUUUCAUAAUUUCUGCACAAAAUGUUUAUACUGUGUAUUUUAACAAACAUCAUUUCUAAACACACACAUUUUGCUAAAAAAAAUGUAUUUGAUGAAGUUGUCAGCAUUUUUUAUGUGUGUUUAAAAAUUCUGUGUGUAAAAAUUCAGUGUAAAAAUGUUUUGUUGCUUCAAAACCCUUUUUCCGGUAAAUUAUAUGGAAUUAGAAAAUUAAUUUACCUUAUUUUUUGGACUAUAGAGCAGAAAAAAAUAUUUAUAAUUUUUUAAAUUCCAAAAUUAUUUUUUUUAACACUGAAUUAAUUAAUUUUUUAGUGUUUGAAUUUUUUUAACUUAAUUUUUUAAUCAAAUUAUGCUGACAAUUUCAUAAAAUGUUCACUUUAAUUUCAUAAUUUCUGCACUGAAUUUUUAUACUGUUUAUUUUAACAAACAUGAUUUCUAAACACACACAUUUUGCUCACAUUUUUUUAUUAGAUGAAAUUGUCAGCAUUUUUUUGUGUGUUUAAAAAUUCAGUUUGUUAAAAGAAAUUCAGUGUAAAAAUGUUUUGUUGCUUCAAAAUUCAAGACCUCUUUCCGGUAAAUUAUAUGGAAUUAGAAAAGUAAUUUACCUUAUUUUUUGGACUAUAGAGCAUAAUUUUUUAAAUUCUAAAACUUUUUUUUUAACACUGAAUUAAUAAAUUUUUUUAGUGUUUGAAUUAUUUUAACUACAUUUUUUACAUCACAUAAUGCUGACAAUUUCAUAAAAUUUUCACUUUAAUUUCAUAAUUUCUGCACUGAAUUGUUAUACUGUGUAUUUUAACAAACAUAAUUUCUAAACACACACAUUUUGCCCACAAUUUCUAUUACAUGAAAUUGUCAGCAUUUUUUGUGUGUGUUUAAAAAUUCUGUGUGUAAAAAAAUCAGUGUAAAAAUGUUUUGUUGCUUCAAAACUCAAGACCCUUUCUCCGGUAAAUUAAAUGGAAUUAGAAAAUGAAUUGACCUUAUUUUUUGGACUAUAGAGCAGACAUUUUUUUUCAAAUUUUUUAAAUUGCGACUUAUACUCCAGUGCGACUUAUAUAUGUUUUUCCCCUUCUUUAUUAUGCAUUUUCGGCCGGUGCGACUUAUACUCCGGAGCGACUUAUACUCCGGAAAAUACGGUAUGUGGUUACUUAAAUACACUGAAAACAGCAAAGUGUCUGAAAAAUGGUUUGUCCUAUAGAACAAUAAUCAGUGAAAAGAAACAAAAAAGGUGACCAAAAACAGCAAAGUGACUGAAAUAUACACGGCAUGUUUUUAGUUUUUUGUUAUACCCACCCUCUUAUGUACAUGUAGGGACUCUCAUUACUAACAUGGCUUUUUGCUUUUUGCCAGACAACUUUGAGUGCAUUUCCCCCCCUUUUCUAUAAUGUAGAUAGUGUGGAGCGGUACGCCAUCUUUGUGUCUGACAUGGAACUGAACUCCUUCCCUUGUGAGUAAUACUGGACACAUCCUCUUAACUGCAUGGAUAAUACCAGGUGAUUUCCACACCAACACUACUAAAUUGUGGGGUGAUCAAGGGUGAUGGGUCAAAUGCAGAGAAUAAUCUCGCCACACCUAGUGUGUGUGUGACAAUCAUUGGUACUUUAACUUUAACUUUACCACGUGAGCAUAGUGAUCACACUGUGUAAAAGCAGCUGUUUGUACAUCAGCUUGUAGGAAUGUGAAAGUGCAUGACUUGUCCCAACUGUACUUUCUCUCACCCUUUUUUUCUACUCCCCUGUGAAAGGCAAAUAAAUGACACCUGCAGUUAAAAAAAGUGUGUUUUUUUUCCCCUGCAGAUCACAUAGAAAAUAUGCAUUAUACAACAAUUAUCAGGUGCAGUGUUUACCACAGGACUGCAAUGUUGUGGUGGCCGUGGAUUGUUGGAGUGAAUCCUGCAAAACGUGAGUGAAAACAUGAAAAAAAACAUUUUGUUUAGAACAGAAGUGUCCACACUUUUUGACCUGAGGUUUGGACACACCUUCUUACGGAGCCUCUAAAGGGACAUUGGGGAAA